AUGGAAGAUGUACAUUCCGUCUCCUCACGCAUUACGCUAGAAGCCGAAACUCCAUUGACAAUUCGCGAGCAGCCCCCCUACUCCCAUCCUCUAUUCUUGAUCGAUCUUAAACUCUCUUGCAACGCUUACUUCUCCGAUUGGGUCAUAACUUCAUAUUCUGCAGAGCCUCAGUUUCUGGAUGAGGUUCAGCAUCCCCGAAUUGAGUCCUUCAUCCACCUCAGUCUCCGACAGUUCUUGUGGCACGAACGAGCACGCGAAAUCAUCGACAUGGAGCUCAUAAACUGGCCUGUCUGGGGCGUGGAGCGCCGAGAAUUGCUUGAUUUCGUGCUGGAGCAAACUCGACGUGCUGUUAUUUCCACGCCGCCGGGGCACAACCUUCUACACAUGGACUUCCGUGUCUCUGUGAGUCACAAGCGCAUUUACAACGAAACAGUCAUUGAUCAGAUUCUCCAACAAUCGAUGGAAGAAGAUACGGAUUUUAUGAUUCCGGCAGCCGACUCGUCGAUAGCUUCACUGGAGAGAAAGAAGAUAACCGAACCUGGAACUUCUUGCUCUAUUUGCAUGGAAGAGUUUGAGGAGGGUUGUGAUGGAGUUUGCAUGCCCUGUUCACAUGUUUUUCAUGGAGAUUGCAUCAACAAGUGGCUGACCACCAGCCAUUACUGCCCCCUCUGUCGGUUCGAGAUGCCGGUGUGCUCAUAG